GCCGGCAAUAUAAUCACGGCCAGAUACGAAGGGCGCCGACAUAGGAUGAGGUGGGGAAGAAAAGGGUGGCGAAAGGAUCAUAAGCACAAAGGACGGCCCUGAGUACCUCUUUCUAGCCAGUCCGAUCCUCAGCGGGGUUUGUAUUUUAUUCAUUUUGAAAGCGGCUCUCUGCAUAGGAUCGGCGGCGCAAAGCAGCCUGCGAGUCACUCGGACCUGAUAUGGCUCUAUUUGUGCUUAGGCAAGAAUAACUCAGUGAUUUUGGAAAUCAAUUGUCAACUCACAUACCAAUAACAGUUAAAUUUUGUCUUGAAUCGGGUGGGAGGGAUGGUCCGCUCUUCUUGGACCUCCUACAGGCGGCAAAUCGAACCAUGUUCUUGAGAAUGCUUCCUCGGAAGAAACCCUCGUGGCGACCCAUUGGGUUUACUCGCAGGCAAACUCUUGGUCCUGACGGCAGCCACGGAGGAGACGGAGGGGUAUCAGCGCUUCAUGCGGACUGCCAAAUACUUCAAUUACACCGUGAAGACUCUUGGCCUGGGUGAAGACUGGAAGGGAGGAGAUGUUGCCCGGACGGUGGGUGGAGGUCAGAAGGUCCGUUGGCUGAAGGCCGAAAUGAAGAAAUUUGCGAACCAGGAGGACAUGAUCAUCAUGUUUGUGGACAGCUACGACGUGAUCCUGGCAGGAAGUCCCAUCGAGCUUCUCUGGAAGUUCCUGCGGUUCAAGAGCAAACUGGUUUUCUCAGCAGAAAGCUUCUGCUGGCCGGAGUGGUCACUGGCUGAGAAGUACCCGCCGGUGUCCGUGGGCAAGCGUUUUCUGAAUUCUGGAGGAUUCAUUGGUUAUGCCCCCACCAUCCAUCAGAUUGUGCAGUUGUGGAAGUACAAGGAUGACGACGACGACCAGCUCUUCUACACACGCAUCUACUUGGACUCUGCCUUGCGGGAGAAACACGGGAUCACCCUCGAUCACAAGUCAAAAAUCUUCCAGAACCUCAAUGGUGCCAUCGACGAGGUCGUUCUGAAAUUCGAGAAGACCCGAGUGCGUGCCCGGAACGUUGCUUACGACACCAUGCCAGUUGUCAUCCAUGGGAACGGACCUACCAAGUUGCAGCUGAACUACCUGGGAAACUACAUCCCCAACGCGUGGACGUACGAGGGGGGCUGUGAGGUGUGUGAUGAAGGCCUUCUGGAUCUGACAGACGUGCCGGAGUCAAGCUACCCACGAGUCCUGCUGGGUGUCUUCAUUGAGCAACCGACCCCCUUUUUCCCCGAGUUUCUCCGCCGCCUCGUGACCUUGGAUUACCCUUACUCACAGAUCAGCCUCUUCAUCCACAACCACGAGGUCUAUCACGAGCUGCACAUCCAAGCAGAGUGGGAGAAUCUGCGCGAGGCCUUCAGCAGCAUCAAGCUCGUGGGCCCCGAGGAGGAGCUGAGCGAGGGGGAGGCGAGAGAUAUGGGCAUGGAUCUGUGUCGGCAGGACCCAGCCUGUGACUACUACUUCAGCCUGGAUGCCGAUGUGGUGGUGACCAACCCGGAGAUCCUCCAGAUUCUCAUCCAGGAGAACAAGAAUGUGAUCGCUCCCAUGAUGUCCCGCCAUGGCAAACUUUGGUCCAACUUUUGGGGAGCCCUGAGCCCCGAUGACUAUUAUGCUCGCUCGGAGGAUUAUGUGGAGCUGGUGCAAGGCAAGAGAAUCGGGGUGUGGAAUGUCCCGUACAUCUCGCAGGCCUACCUGCUGCGAGGGGAGACGUUACGCCGUGAGCUGUCCCAGCGCAGCGUUUUCACCUUGGACAGUACUGACCCGGAUAUGGCCUUCUGCAAGAGCGUGCGGGAGAAGGGCAUCUUUCUUCACAUCAGUAACCGGGAUGAAUUUGGACGUCUGCUCUCCACUGCCAGGUACAAUGCAUCCCGUCUACAUCCGGAUCUCUGGCAGAUUUCGGAGAACCCCCUGGACUGGCAAGACAAGUACAUCCACGAGAACUACUCGCAAGUGCUGGAGGGGGAACAGUUCGAGCAGCCCUGUCCCGACGUUUACUGGUUCCCGGUGUUCAGUGACCAGAUGUGUGACGAACUGGUUGAGCAAGUGGAACACUUUGGCCAGUGGUCCGGGGGCAAGCACGAGGAUUCCCGACUGGCUGGCGGCUACGAGAAUGUCCCUACUGUUGAUAUCCACAUGAACCAGAUCGAUUUCGAGAAGGAAUGGCUGCAGUUCUUGCGGGAAUAUAUCGCGCCUGUCACAGAGAAGCUGUAUCCUGGCUAUUACACCAAGGCUCGCGCCAUCAUGAACUUCAUGGUCCGGUACCGUCCGGAUGAGCAGCCCGCCCUCCGGCCGCAUCACGAUUCCUCCACGUUCACCAUCAACAUCGCGCUCAACCACAAAGGGAUCGACUACGAUGGAGGCGGCUGCCGCUUCCUCCGCUACAACUGCCAAGUGGAGUCGCCCCGUAAGGGCUGGACCUUGCUGCACCCUGGACGCCUCACGCACUAUCACGAAGGCUUGCCCACCACCAGCGGCACCCGCUACAUCAUGGUCUCCUUUGUGGACCCCUAACGCCAGCGCCACCCCCCACGCCUCGGCCCCGGGGUGCGGAGAGGCCGCCGAACGCAGGAGACAUGCGGAAAGCAGGCCGAGGCGUGGGGGGCGGCCUCCUCUUCACCGUCCUCGGUGCCUUCCACGCGGGACAGAAACGGACGGCCUCCUGCCAGGUGCGGCAGGCACGGCCCUUUGCCCGGCACCGAACGUCGGUCACCGCCAGUGCCUGGAGAAGCCGCCGCCGCCUUGCAGCGCUCCGCCUGGGUGCCCUCCUCGCCUUGGGGUGCCGCCUCCGGGUUUCUCCCGGGCUCCGGGACAAGCCGCCCUCCACGGGUCCUCUCCUCCCAGUCUGUCCUUGCAGCCCCAUUGCUGCAGCUGCCUCUCUCUCCUCGUGGCUUCCAGGUGGGCCAGGAUCACACAGCCGGUGGCAUCCGUCACUUCUCCUCACUAAAUCCGGAGCUGAGCUGGUGAAAGAGGAGGAGGAGGAGAGCCAGAGGCCUCUUGUCUGGAGUUGCCAGCUUUCACCCGGUGCCCAACCACACCUGCCCUUGGGAGACACCGCUGGCUGUUUGUGCCCUUUUCUCUGCAAGAAGGGCUUAGUUGAGAUCUAUCCUAACGCCCACAGGCCUCCAUCAGGUUAGCAGAAGCACAUCAGACCCCGAAACCAUUUCCUCAAGGAAAAGCAGCACGCAGGAGGGGCAAGGGGCAGCUCCCAGUGCCUUCACCCUUCACCUCAGGUCUUCUUCCUAUCCCCUUCCUCGGUUUGUUCACCUUGAUCGACUUUAUUUGAGCCAAGUUCAAACUCUUCUUUUGUAGAAGAAAUUUUUGAGCUAGGCCAGGACCCAAGCCUGGCCUCUGUGAAGCAGCAGGUGCUUCUGAGUCACAGCAUCCCUUCCACCAACUGCUGCCCCUCUUGCAUGGGAGAAGCAGCAAGAGGAAGAUGUAGGUUCAGGCAUGAGUCUUGGCCUUCCUCCGCUUCCGAGAACAAAGCUGCAGAGAUUACAGCUACCCAGAAAACAUGGGGAGACAGUAGCCAGGAAGGACGCAAAUUUUAACUCUCAGCAUUGUCACCCUUCUCCAUCUGGACGUGUAUUUGGGGCUGCAGACGGGGACAGACAAGUUUUGGAGGUUUAUUGCAAACAGAAGAAAGUCUCAAACUUUCAGCUCCCCAGCAGCGGCUGACACUCUGUUUCUUAAACAGUUGAAGACGGAUGCAAACACCCCGUUUCAGUUUGCGGCUGAAGAUUAUCCUCAGGUGCCACUGGAGGGGUGCUUAGCGCCCUUCCAGGAGUAGGAGGGGGAGGUCAGACUGUGGGGCAUUGCUCUGUACUCGCCAGCGUGUCGAGGCAGGAACUCCGGGGCUGGAGAGCUCAGGUACAACACAGAGCCCUGCGUAACCCCCCAUAAUCCUGUGGGCUUUCUGGCGCUCAGCUUGACCUGGCCGGUGGGGUGGCUAGUGGCUUCCUACACAGAGCGUGCAUUAAGUUAUUGGCACUGCUGUUUCCCGGCGCGACAAAUACAUUUAUGUUUUUAACCG